GUAGCACUUCCGGUAUUCAGUUUCUUGUCAAUCCAUAACGACGGACGUUCUUCUGUCUUACCAGUCAAGAAAGUAACUUUAAGGAUUUGUUUCUUGGUAUUUCUGAAAGACGUGAGCUUGGGACGCCUGUGGUACAACCUGAAAGUUUUUUCUCCUUCCAAAAUCACGUACAUUUUGUUUCCGGCUGGUUUGCAAGAAAAGCAGGAGUCUGCCCGAUAGAAACAUGGCCAUAAGCUGGUUGAGGUGGUUUAUUGGCGCGACCAUCCUUUAUGGUUCAGUCACAUACCAAGAGGCAAUUGGCAACAAAACUCAAUCACGUGAUUGUCUUCACGUGGAUCCAGCUGGCAACAAGUACAAUUUGACUUCGUUGCGGAAUACAGAUGGAACUGCAAGAUUUCAUAUAACUAAAGAUGGAUGGACGUAUAGCUUUAACCCCUGCGUGUCAUUCAAGAUAGGAAAGACAAGCGAUUUUAAAGAAUGCCACUGGGAUGUAGCGAUUUGCAUGUGGGUGGCCGCACAAAUAGGCUACAAUAUAGGACACCAGAGAACAGAACAAUGUCUUUUUGAUGAAGAAACCAAAUUACCAAUGCUAGAAUACAAAGGUGAUAGCCAAAUUAAGACGUCAAGUGUGCUGCUAAAGUGCAAUAAAGCAAAGGAACGUCCAGACUUUGAAGUUCGGUCGGUUAGCAAUCCCUCGCGAUUUGUUUUCAGCCUGACACACAAAUGUGGGUGUCCCAAUGUGUGUCUUUUUAAACCCAACACGCCCAAUGAGGAGCCAGGUCUAAAUAACGAAAAUUGGCGCAUCGCAGCAGGUAGUAUUGGAGGCUUGGGUAUUGUCAUAGUGAUCUAUUGGAUCGUUAGGAAGCUGAGGGGAAUGAAUAAACCGAACCCCCAGGUAGAAGAGGAAAAUCAACGCAUUCUGCCUGAACAAGGGACUUUAAAUAGCUUUUCCAGUACAAGUGAACCCAACGAAUUAACCUUGAGGAGAGCCUCAUCUUCAGGAAGGACCUCAACUAGUUCAUUUUAG